AUGGCUGCGGUGGCGUGCUGUGGCGACCGGCGGUGGCGGGCGCAGGCGACGGCGAGUCAUAGACGUGAUCUAUAUGGUGAUAGCAAAACACAUUUCUUCGUAUACUGGACGACUGAUAGGAAGAAUGGAUGUUCUAACUUGGAUUGUGACGGCUUUGUACCUGUAAACUUGGCUACUAUUACUCCUGGAGAUACUUUGGAGCCAUCUCAUGGACACAUGAAUAUUACAUUGAAGAUAUUUAAGAGUAAAGAAGAUGGAGAUUGGUGGCUACACUUUGGACAUGAUAUCGAUAAUCUUAGCCCAGUAGGGUAUUGGCCAAAAAGUCUUCUCAAUGGCAUGCAAGACCAUGCCGACGAUAUAGAAUGGGUAGGAAGUACUUUUUCCUACUCUGGGGAGAUUAGUCCACCGAUGGGCAACGGGCACUGGCCAAGAAGCAAUUCAGCAGCAUCUUUUCGGAAUGUUCAGUAUAUUGAUAGGAAUGGUAAAGGCUAUUAUCCUCCUAUGGGUAGUCUUCAUGCUUUUGAGAGCCACAAACAAUGCUAUCGGACUAGUGUAUUUCAGCUUCAGGUCCAAGGCAACAUGUUCUACUAUGGGGGCCCAGGUGGUUGCACUGGUUAA